CCUCCUCCUGUAUAUUCACAGGCUGUCACAGCAGCGGUUGUAGGAAGAGCGCAAGCAGGAAUCCACUUUUCCACGGCGCUUCACCUUUCUCUGUUCCGUCUCCAUCCCGCAGACAUGGAUCUGGAGGUACUAAUGCACACGGCGCUUCCACUCCUCCUAACGUGUGCGCUCUAGCUGUGCGCUCCCGGCCCGUGUCACGUCCCAGCCUGAGGACCACAAGGACACUUUUAUUAUUUUGAGACAACACUGUGUAGCAGAGAGGGCACGGUAGAGACUGAGCAGCAGAGAGAAGGGACCACACAGUCGUGACAGCCAAGGCCGUUUCAGGAUAUCGGGCAACGGACUGAGAGCUUUUGGUGUCCUCCAUCAUGGCGAGUGACUCUCCAGCUCGGAGUCUGGACGAAAUCGACCUGUCCGCUUUGAGGGAUCCUGCUGGCAUCUUUGAACUGGUUGAGCUGGUGGGAAAUGGCACCUAUGGGCAGGUGUACAAGGGUCGCCAUGUUAAGACAGGGCAGCUGGCAGCCAUUAAGGUCAUGGAUGUCACCGGGGAUGAGGAAGAGGAGAUUAAAGCGGAAAUUAACAUGCUGAAGAAGUACAGUCACCAUCGGAACAUCGCCACCUACUAUGGAGCUUUCGUCAAGAAAAACCCCCCUGGCAUAGAUGACCAGCUAUGGCUGGUGAUGGAGUUCUGUGGAGCCGGCUCAGUGACGGACUUGAUCAAGAACACCAAAGGCAACUCUCUGAAAGAGGAGUGGACCGCUUACAUCUGCCGAGAGAUUCUCAGGGGUCUGACUCAUCUCCAUCAGCACAAGGUGAUCCACCGAGACAUCAAGGGACAGAACGUCCUGCUGACGGAGAACGCCGAGGUCAAACUAGUGGACUUUGGUGUUUCAGCCCAGUUGGACAGAACAGUAGGAAGGAGGAACACAUUUAUUGGGACGCCAUAUUGGAUGGCACCAGAGGUCAUCGCCUGUGACGAGAACCCUGAGGCCACGUACGACUUCAAGAGUGAUCUAUGGUCGCUGGGAAUCACAGCGAUAGAGAUGGCUGAAGGAGCACCACCGCUGUGUGACAUGCACCCAAUGAGAGCCCUCUUCCUGAUCCCGCGCAACCCCCCACCUAGACUCAAGUCCAAGAAGUGGUCAAAGAAGUUCCAGUCGUUCAUAGAGAGCUGUCUGGUGAAGAGCCACAGCCAGAGACAGAGCACAGAGCAGCUCCUCAAACACCCGUUCAUCAGAGACCUGCCCAACGAGAGGCAGAUCCGCAUCCAGCUGAAGGACCACAUCGACCGCACCAAGAAGAAGAGAGGAGAGAGAGAUGAGACCGAGUAUGAGUACAGUGGCAGUGAAGAGGAGGAUGAAGAAAGAGAAAUGGGUGAACCAAGCUCCAUCAUCAACGUCCCCGGGGAGUCGACCCUGAGGCGGGACUUCCUGCGCCUUCAGGUGGCCAACAAGGAGCGCUCGGAAGCACAGUGGCGGCAGCAGCAGGAGCAACUGCAGAAUGAGCAGCACAAGCGCUUACUGUUGGCUGAGAGACAGAAACGCAUCGAGGAACAGAAGGAGCAGAGGAGACGGCUGGAGGAGCAGCAGCAGCGAGAGCGUGAGCUGCGGAAACAGCACGAGAGGGAACAGAGGAGGCGCUACGAGGAAAUGGAGCAGCUCCGCAGAGAGGAGGAGAGGAGGCAUGCAGAGAGAGAACAGGAGUAUAUCCGUAGACAGCUGGAAGAGGAACAGAGGCAGUUAGAGAUUCUCCAGCAGCAGCUACUGCAGGAACAGGCAUUACUGAUGGAGUACAAACGUAAGCAGAUAGAGGAGCAGCGGCAGGCGGAGAGGCUCCAGAGGCAGCUCCAGCAGGAGAGAGCCUACCUGGUGUCUCUACAGCAGCAGCAACAGCAGCAGCAGCAGCAGGAGGGAAGGCAAGCAGAGAAGAAACCGCUCUACCACUACAAAGAUAUUAUCAAUCCUAAUGACAAGCCCGCCUGGGCUAAAGAGGUGGAGGAGCGAUCUAAGAUGAACAGACAGAGCUCCCCAGCGCUGCAGCACAAAGUGUCCAACCGCAUCUCCGACCCCUCCCUCCCUCCCCGCUCCGAGUCCUUCAGCAACGUGGGCAUGCAGCCCGCCCGCACCCCUCCCAUCCACCGCUCCAUCGAACCACAGAUGGCUCACCUGGUUCCAGUGAAGACCCACUCCGGCUCCAUGUCCGGCUCUCAGUCGCUGCAGGACCAGACGGGCUCAGCUCUGAGUGAGGGCGUCAGCGCGGGCUCCCCCAGGCCCGAGAUGCCCCGCCAGAACUCAGACCCCACUUCUGACACCCCCGGACCCCCGCUGCGCGUCACAGGCAGGGAGGAACGGGAACGGGACAGAGACAGGGAUCGGGACAGGACCGCCUGGCUGAGAGAGGAGGACAUCCCACCCAAGGUCCCACAGAGGACCAUUUCCAUCUCCCCAGCCUUGGUCAGGAAGAACUCCCCUAAUGGAGGAGCAGUUCUGGGCCCUCGCACAGGAUCUCAACUCAUACGGGCCAGUAACCCAGAUCUGCGGCGCUCAGAGCUCUCUCUGGAUGCCAUGCUGCAAAGAACUUCCUCCAACUCGUCAUCCUCCUCCUCCCCUUCGUCUCAGGGAGGCUCAGCCGAGAGGAGAGGUCAAGCCAAGCAGGAAGGAUCCCCUCCAGGAGCCAAUCAGGAGGCAACGCCCAAACAGGAGGAGGGUCGUGAAUCAGCCAGACCCAGCAGACCUGCAGACCUAAGUGCAUUGGCCAAGGAACUCCGAGAAUUGAGGGUCGAGGAGGGCAGCAGACCUCCAGUUAAGGUGACGGACUACUCGUCCUCUAGUGAAGAUUCAGAGAGCAGCGAUGAGGACGGGGAGACAGUGGGGCAUGAUGGGACUGUUGCUGUUAGCGACAUCCCCCGCAUCAUGCCAGCAGUUCAGAGCAGCGGUGAGUCGUAUGGAGGGCUGACAGAGGACUCUCUGGGAGAUGCCUAUAAUAGCUCCAAGGACAGCACUCUCGUGAUGAGAGAGGCAGAGGAGAGGAGGAGAGGUGGCCACACCGAGAGUAAUGGUUUCGGGAAUCACAGUAACCAUGGUAACCUCCCUGACCUGGUGCAGCAGAGCAACUCUCCCUCGGCCACACCCACCUCAGCCCUGCAGGAACUGGGCGACAUGGCUGAGUUUGGUCUGGGCGGAUCCAAAGCGUCCUUCACCCCAUUUGUUGACCCACGUGUCUAUCAAACCUCCCCAAGUGAAAACGACGAUGACGACAACUCCGCGGAAGCCAUGUUUGCUAAUGAGCUGCUGAGGCAGGAGCAGGCCAGACUGAACGAAGCCAGAAAGAUCUCUGUGGUCAACGUCAACCCGACCAACAUCAGACCCCAUAGUGACACCCCAGAGAUCCGCAAAUACAAGAAACGCUUCAACUCUGAGAUCCUGUGUGCUGCACUCUGGGGUGUGAACCUGCUGGUGGGGACAGAGAAUGGUCUUAUGCUGCUUGACCGAAGUGGACAGGGAAAAGUCUAUAACCUGAUCACCAGGCGGCGCUUCCUACAGAUGGACGUGCUUGAGGGGCUCAAUGUGCUAGUCACCAUAUCUGGGAAAAAGAAUAAGUUGCGUGUCUACUAUUUGUCCUGGCUGAGGAACAGAAUAUUACACAACGACCCAGAAGUAGAGAAGAAACAGGGUUGGAUUACAGUCGGGGAACUGGAGGGCUGUGUGCAUUAUAAAGUUGUAAAAUAUGAGAGGAUUAAGUUCCUGGUGAUUGCUCUGAAGAACUCUGUGGAAAUCUAUGCCUGGGCUCCCAAACCCUACCACAAGUUCAUGGCCUUUAAGUCAUUCACAGAGUUGCAGCAUCGUCCCCAGCUGGUUGACCUGACGGUGGAGGAAGGUCAGAGGUUAAAGGUCAUCUAUGGCUCCAGUGUUGGCUUCCAUGUCAUUGACGUGGACUCGGGCAACCCUUACGACAUCUAUAUCCCCUCGCAUAUCCAGAGCCAGGUGACGCCCCAUGCCAUCGUGGUGCUCCCUAAGACUGAUGGGAUGGAGAUGCUGCUGUGUUACGAGGACGAGGGCGUCUACGUCAACACAUACGGGCGAAUCACCAAGGACGUGGUGCUACAGUGGGGAGAGAUGCCUACCUCUGUUGCCUAUAUCCACUCUAAUCAGAUUAUGGGCUGGGGUGAGAAAGCCAUAGAGAUCCGCUCUGUGGAGACAGGUCAUCUGGAUGGAGUCUUUAUGCAUAAGAGAGCCCAGAGACUCAAAUUCCUUUGUGAGCGGAAUGACAAGGUAUUCUUUGCAUCGGUGCGUUCGGGAGGUAGCAGCCAAGUUUUCUUCAUGACCCUCAACAGAAACUCUAUGAUGAACUGGUGAUGGCUCUUCCCACUGUCCACUCUGCCUCGCUGUCCCAUUGGCCUGCCCGGCGACUAACCUUGGUCUACGGCACAUCUGACAAACAAUCCAGAUUGACCGAGAGGCCACAAGUGAACUCUUUUAAUACAGGAGAGACUAAAAACGUGUAGAGAAAAGAAAAAAAGCUAUCGUAGAGAAAAAAACAACAAAGACCUGUUCUGAAUGAAGAGACAUUUUACCCUAGAUUAUGUCGGGUCACGAAGAAGCCAUCGUUACUCAACUGACUGGCAAACUGGUGCCACUGACUUUCCAAAUAUUCUCUUCCUCUGUCCCUGUCUGUAACUGUUCUCCCGCUCUGUUUGUCUCCUCUCUCCUAACAGACCAGUGCAUUCAAGUGUUCAACAGCUGUAGUAAUACACUUUACACCCGUCUCCUUCUGUCGCUCCUCUUCUUCCUUUUGACGUCCCCCCCUCCUUCUUAAUCCUUGACUCCUUCCCUCCUUCCUGGUAGAUCUAGUCAUCACUUUUUCAAUCCUUUGACACCCAUGUUCUCUAUUUUCCUCACUUCCUAUCUGCCGUGUGUGGGCUCAUUCCCGGAGAACUUAAACCGCAGAGGUCGGAGGAAUAGAAGAAUGAGAGUCAAUAUAAAUUCAAAUACAUACUUCUGAAUAUGAGGGCACCUGAGGGAUGACAAAUUUGCUCUGGAUGUCGGCAGUGAAAGCAGACAGCCUGAUUGAUUUUCUUUCUCCUCUGUCACUCCCCUCCUCCUCCACUUCCUCUUCUAAUCUAACCGUCUUUUCGGGUCCCUGAGUAAACUGAACUGUGAUUUAGUGUUUGAUCGCAUUUCGCUGAUAGAGAUGCGGUGAGACAAUCUGCUGUCAUAGUCGGGUUGUCACAGUAUGCAAAGAUGAUGUCUGUGUAGUCCCUUUAAAAUAAAGUCACUAGUUCAUCCUCUUUCCCUCAUCAUCAUCCCUAUUAUCUCCCUGUUUCACACUUACGUCUUUAAACUCUGAAGGUGCUGCAUCACAUAUACUGUAGUAUUGAAUGAACUAUGAGAGCAUCAUUCAGUUCGUUCUUUAUACUUUCGUUCUUCUCUUUUUCUGUGGCUGAGUCAGUCAGUCUUUGUGACGAAAUGUACAGCACAUCUGUGUUUUGUGUGUGUGUGUGUGUGUGUGUGUGUGUGUGUGUGUGUGAGAGUGUGAGAGUGUGAGAGAGUGUGUGUGAGUGAGUCUUGCUGUUGAAAUGACUCCCAUUCAAAUCAAGUUGAAAUCAAAUUGGGACAUUGAAAUCAACAGCCAGAAAAAGAGUCCAGUAAUUCAGUGUCUGUGCGUGAACUUUUACCGGAACGCGAUCAAAGCCACAUUGAGUUUGUUUACAUACUUAGGUAUGAAGUUUAUGAGUUGAAGUGUCUGAACACUGAGCAUUUAAAGAUAGGCAAUAUUAGUUGUGGAUUUGUUUGAAGUGUUUUUUUCCUGUUUCUUUUAACACCGUAGUGGCGAUUCACAAAUGCAACCAUGCUGCUGUGGGGAAUAUAAAGAUUCUUAUCCUGAAUACAACCUCAACAGGAUAUGAGCUACGAUCCCAAAUACUGUGUGCAUGGGAAAGCAUUCAUUGUUAAAAGCUGUCCUUUUUGAAUCAUGCUCUUCCCUGAUUAGUUCUUCUGGUUUUGGCUCCUAACUGUUUGUACUGGUCCUAGCAUGAUGUAAGCAAAAACAAAAAUGGAGGCCAAAAGAUUCUCGCUCAUGCUAUAAUUAAGAAUUUAAUUGCCUAUACGGUUAAUUUACACUGGUUUUUGUCUGUGUUAUUGUUUAACUUUAACACAUUACUGAUGUUAUUUGUCUCUUCUAACGGAGAUGUUUUUUGUUUGUUUUUUAAAGAGUAACUGAAUAUGGUAUGAUAAAACCAUGCCAUUUCCUUUUUAAAUGCUUAGUACAGGUCAAUCAUUAAUACAUACUGUAUUAAAUUUAUAAGACUAUUGAGGGUGGACUAGUUCAUGCAUACUCAUCCACAUUGGAGAGCACUGUAAUGCAGAUGAGUCUUUUUUUCUGGUGGAUAUACGGCAGCCAUGUUGGCCUGUGGUUAACAAACGUUAAGGUGACACAAAAAAUUGACUCAUUCCCCAAUUAUGUAAUUAUCAUUUAAAUCAAGUUUUUAUUUUUUUUAUUUUUUUUUUCUGUAAAAUCUUUAUUAUUUUUUAAAUGCAGUUUUUAAAACAGGACCUUUUUCACAUCCACCCAGUAGCUGCUCCUGUGCAGCUGCAAGUUAGGUUCUCCGAUCUCUGUUAGAGGGAGCAGGGUAACAUUUUAGCAAUAAGAGCCGAGCUGAAGAAAACCACUGUCUUCCUUGUGUGUGCACGCAUGCAUCUGUGUGUAUGAUUAAUGAACAAAGUGUGAAUGGGCCAUUAUUAUUAUCAUUAUUAUUUUUGUCUAUCACGGAAUUCACUCUUACCAUUGGAAAAGGCUGACGGUCAUUACACUGAAGACUCUCCUUUCAAAGACAAAACCACUGUAUUCUUUAUUCUGUUUAUUUCUUGUUUUCUUUAUUUUGAAAGAGUAUCACUAAUGUCCUGUUUUGGGAUUUAUUUGUUUUGUAAAAGAGAUGCUGUAAGAGAGAAAUAAAUUAAACUAGAGCAUUAUG